GCUCACCUGUACCAUUGCUAGAGGCAGCUUACAAAAAGAGAAUGGCUAGGAUGUCGUCUUUCUUAUGGCUUUUUGGUCUAAUUCUUGGUUGUGCCAAGUCCCAAGCAAAUGAGGUAGAAAUCAAGAUGAUCAAAGGCCCUCCCAAAGAGUUUCAAACUGAAGUUCAAUUGAUGUGUAACCCUCACUAUAGCGAUACUGGCGUGUACUGGGUUCUUCAAAGAAAGGACCUUUCUGCCCAUUUCAUCUUACAUGUCUCUAUACGGUCAAAGAUGACACCAGAACACAAAAGAGGCUAUAAAGCAGAACGUUCUGGAAACUAUUACCAAUUAACUAUUACCAGCUUUGAGGAGGAGAAUCAGGGUUUCUAUUACUGCAUUGUUCAUCGCAACCAGGAACUGUACUAUAGUUCAGGCCUCGAAGUUUACCGGCAAGUGCAGCUUACCCCAACUCCAACCAUCCCAAAGCAGGUUUCAACCAGAAGCAAAGGACUGGUAACAGAAAAAGGCAUGGGAAGCCCAUCUUCAGAGACGGAGACUCAGAGCCUUAUAAAGUGUGAGCUCUACAUCUGGGUUCCCUUAGCCAGUGGUUCAUUAGUCCUGAUCAUUUUGGUGAUUAUCCUUUCGGUGUGCUGUGGUCUAAGGAGGAGAAGAAAAAUAUGCAGGUGUAAAAGGCCUAUGGAUGGAGCCAAUGGAAAACUUUCUGUACCACGCUGAAGCCUGCGCCCGAGCUGAAGUCUUGCUACUAAAUUUCCUGAUGCACUUAUUGUACCUUUCCUUUCAAUGUUACAUACAGGGGAGUCUUGUGUUUGUAAUGAUCUUGGUUCAGACAUAACAAACCACAGUGGCAAGGCUUGGCAUUAUGUUUGAACCAAACAACUAAUUUUGUCCAAGCAGUCAUUUGGCCUCCAUGGAAUCGUGAUGAGAAACAAUAGUAUGUUCUAUGAUUUCUGUACUUCCCCGUGGCUUGUUUUAUUACCUGAAGCUAGAAACCACACUUUCACAUGGUUUCCAUUGCUCCUUCUAUGGCAGGGGUGGCCAAACCAAGGCUUGCAAGCUGCAUGCAGCUCUUUGCGUUUAUUUUGCAGCUUGCAGAGCCUGUAGCAUAGCAGGUCCCUAUUUGCCUGUUUGUGGAGGGUGAGAUGUGCAUGAUCAGACAAGGCACAGAAUUGUGCUCGAGGAUGGUGUGCAAAAUCGGGCUACUUCUCUGCAGGCCCUGCUGAAGCUGAGGGAACCAAAUGACAGCAGCACUCCAGGGGAGGAUUGGGUCCUUGCUGAAGUUUCCAACACGGCAGCUGGCAAUGAGAUUUCCAGUUCCUUCUGCUGCUGGGUGGUGUUUUGCACCUGAGCUCCCAAGGUGGCAGUAUGCGGUCGCUCUGUUUCUUCUGAUAUUCAGAGCUAAAAAGGAAACAGAAAGGUCUCACUCUGAAAGGUUUUUAGUCAUUUUGGCUUAAAAGCAUAGCAGUACCCUAACAGAAGUUUACUCAGCAAUAAAUCCUACUGUGUUUGGCAGAGCUUACUCCGGGGUAAGUGUGCAUAGGGUUGCAUUAGCUGAGAUGGGUGUCAAUCAUUUUGUCCCAAUGGUCAUUUACAUAAUAGGUUAACCUUUCCUUCACUUCCAAACAUUUGUAAAAGCCAAGUGUCUGAUGCAUCUUCCUUCCCCUGCUACCACAGGUCCCUUGCUUGCUUUUCUGUGUGCUUAACUGCCUUUUAUUUAACAGUAAGUAUUUGUUCAUGUCUUGCGGCACUGCAACAUCUGACAUUUACCAUAUGUGGCUUUUCCGUCAAGCAAGUCUGACCAGCCCAGUUCUAUAGUAUUCCAAAGAGCAGCCACAGACACCGCAGAUGCUCCUGCUUGUGCACAUCAACUGCUGACUUGCAGCCAACAGCACUCUGACUGGCCUAGAUGCCCUGCUUUUUUCCUUCUUCCACACACUGCUUUUGGCCUCCUUCAGCCCUGGGUUUCUGAUGGCAACAGAGCACUGAGCCAUGCUGCCUCGCCCAGCAGUGACCAUGGGGUGAGUGGCCAUUGCAAGCUGUGCAGGCACCACCAGGUCUGCUUGUGGAGCCAGCACUCUCCCCUUGCAAAAGUUGCCUACACAAGAGGAACACACGUUGCCAGCUUCGUGCCAACAUUGCCAACUGGGUGCUUGCUCAGGAAAGCCCUUGCUUCCCACCCUCCACUCUGUUCCUAUUUUGUCUCCGAUGUUCCUCAGGACUGUCCCCUACCGCCCCCUGCCGGAGUGCUGGGACAUAUGUAUGAUGCUGCCUCCAUCCCUGGCACAGGGGGCCACACCGAGGCCUCUCUGGGUGCUCAGCUGCAGAGAGCAGGGCGGCAGUAGGGGAGACGUUUGGGUUUGUGCAUGGGGGCACAUGUGGGGAGGGGUGUGUGUGCACUUGCAUGUUGGCAAAAAACAAGGCAGAGGCAGGGUGUACUACUUUAGUACUACUCUAGCACAACAUUGCUACUCUAGUGAGUAAACAGUUGCUCCACUGAGCAGCAGGGGGGAAAGGGGCAGGUGGCUGAGGGUUUGUGUGGGAGAGGCAGGUGCUGCAAGUGGGAGCAGUGCACUCUGGGGUCGAUUUUCAGUCACGGGGGCUGACGGAAUGCCAGCCACCGUUCGGAGGAAAGAUGGAGCAGGGUGGAAACCAGUGAUUCAUGGAGGCCAUAUGCCUGCCUGAAGCCAGAAGCCAAAGUAGGAUACCAUGCCAUGCGUGGUAUGGUUUAGCAUUACACGUGAAUAGAACCAUUUCCAAGCUCUUCCCCGCCUGCCAUAGCUUGGAUUAACUUACUCAGCAGUUCUCUGGGCCUCCUCUGGUGCAUUAGGAAGCUAACCAUGGCACUUUACGCAAUAUCUGCUACUACUAGCACUAUUGUCUGUUUAACUUCUAUCCUGCCCAAGAGCUGAAGCUGUUUCCAACGUAAAUGUUGUUUAAUAAAUGAAACUUCAACCAAA